AUGUCAAGGUCUUCCGUGCUGUUUAGGGACCCUUCUGACACUGAGAGACUGCAGAUGAAUCUAUGCUUAAUUGAGAACUGGUGCAUCACUAACGCUAUGAGCAUAAAUGCCGCCAAAUGUUCAUUGGUUUCUUUCACUCGCUCUGCCCAACCUCUUGUGGUAUCUGACUACGUGCUCAAUGGAACUGUACUAUCUCGCAGUACAAUCGUCCGUGAUCUGGGUGUCGUCUUCUCUGCAGAUCUUAGCCCUGAUAAGCAUAUUGACUUCAUCUGCGGCAAAGCCCUACGAAUGCUCAACUUCAUGCUAAGAGCUUCAAGGAGUGGUCUUGGCAUUGUGGCGUUGAAUAUCCUAUAUAAGUCCCUUGGUAAGGAGUAUACUUGA